CGCAUCUGUUUCCGGGUCCCUCCCGCUUCAGCUUGAAGUGAGGUCGGGUCGGUUUCGCUCUCAGCUCGGUUAGUUCUGUUCCUGGCAGCGCGGAAGUGGCGCGGUCCUGGCUCUACUCGCCCGCCCGGGGGGGCCCUUCUGGUCGCCUUGGUGGCGGGGUUCCUGCUCCCCGUUUAACCUCAUUUUUUCCUGUAAGCGGUUCACCAUCAGAAUGAGACUGGUAAUUCUUGAUGACUAUGAUUUGGCAAGUGAGUGGGCAGCAAAGUACAUUUGUAAUCGUAUUAUCCAAUUCAGACCAAGUCAGGGAAGGUAUUUUACACUUGGUUUACCAACAGGGAGCACACCUUUGGGAUGCUACAAAAAACUGAUAGAAUAUCACAAGAAUGGAGAACUUUCUUUUAAAUAUGUAAAGACUUUCAAUAUGGAUGAAUAUGUAGGGCUUCCAAGAAAUCAUCCAGAGAGUUACCACUCUUAUAUGUGGAAUAAAUUCUUUAAGCAUAUUGACAUAGAUCCUAAUAAUGCUCACAUCCUUGAUGGGAAUGCUCCAGACUUACAGGCAGAGUGUGAUGCAUUUGAAAAAAAAAUUGAAGAAGCCGGGGGAAUUGAUCUGUUUGUUGGAGGCAUUGGUCCAGAUGGCCACAUUGCUUUCAAUGAACCAGGAUCAAGUUUGGCUUCAAGAACAAGGUUAAAGACUUUGGCAAUGGACACCAUUUUGGCAAAUGCUAAAUACUUUGAUGGAGACUUAGCUAAAGUGCCAACUAUGGCACUAACUGUUGGUGUCGGUACAGUGAUGGAUGCUAGAGAAGUUAUGAUUCUCAUAACAGGUGCCCAUAAAGCUUUUGCUUUGUACAAGGCAAUUGAAGAAGGGGUCAAUCAUAUGUGGACAGUUUCUGCUUUCCAGCAGCACCCCCGCACUAUCUUCGUAUGUGAUGAAGAUGCUACUUUAGAACUAAGAGUUAAAACUGUGAAAUACUUCAAAGGUAAUGUUUUAAAUGCAUAAUCAUUUGGAUCAGCUGUUUCAAGUACCUUGGGCUUUUUGCCCCAGAAUGGACUGGGGCUUGUAAAAUCUAGGAAACAUGAAAUCUGGAACCAGGAAGUGGGCCUCAGUUGGUACCUCUUGGGAGGGUGAUCCUGAUGCUAAACUCCGCUGCCUCUGUGGAGAAUGGAUCUUCACUCUGCUCUCAUCUAAUAUGUAGAGCUUGUAAAUAUCAGACUUGUGCCUCUAAAUGUGCUCUCCCUGAAAUGCAUAUCUACUAAUGGGAAAAUUAAAUAUGCUUCAUAAAAGCAGCAGUGCAGUACUUAUCUAAAAAUACUACUUGUUCCUUUAGGAAACACAAAUUGGGGCAUAUGCUCCCUCCCCACUCUUUUCAAAAAGAGAACCAGGCAAUCAAAUGCAAAAAGUGUAGAUGCAACUUUAAAGUAUGGCUCCACUCUGAAGAACAACACACAGGGAACUUGUUGCUGGAGAUACCGUGAAGGCUAAAACUUAUAGCUGCAUUCAAAGAAAGAACUAGAGAGGUCCAUCAAUGAUGACUAGUGAGGAUGGGUGUCUCUAGCUUCUUUGCCAGAAGCUGGGAGUGGAUGACAGGAUGGAACACUCAAUGAUUGCCUGUUCUGUUCAUUCCCUCUGAAGCACCUGGCAUUGGUCACUGUGGGAAGACCAGGAUAUGGGGCUAGAUAGACCAUUAGUCUGACUCAGUGUGAUCGUUCUCAUGUUCUAAGACUUAAGUGUCACUGUGUAUCAACCAUCUUUUGUAUCAAACACAUGCAGUUAACAUAUUCCUCCUUACUUUUUUUUUUUUUUAAACUGCUAGCCCUACAACUAUCCUUGGCUCUGGGCUUAGCUUUUUCCACUUCUCACAUCAGCACUAGUAAUAUUCUUCAGAAUAAGUAAUAUAUGCUUAGUUAAACCUGAGCAAGUCCCCUGUCCUCAGAUAAUGUGUUUAGCAGAAUGUGUAUAAUCUUAUAUUGCCUUCAUUAGGCUUACACAGAAAGAACUGACUGAAGUUUAGUAAACAAUUCUCUUGAUCAGCCACAAAAUGGAACUGGAUCUUUAGCUCGAUUUUCUAAUUGUAUCAGUGCCAAAGUGUUAACGUAAGUGAAAAUUAGUAAAAAUUGCACUUUGAUAUUAAAUGAAUUGAUGACCCUGAAUGACAUUAAAUGAGCAGAUGGUGCAUAAGCAGGUUCUUCGAUAUGAUUCCUUUUCAAAGUAAUCCAUGAUAAAAGUUGCAUAUUUGGAACAUUAAAGGAAAUACAUAUUACAGUGUGUAGCAAGUUAACUGACCACUUCAUAUGUAUGUAAAUGUUCUAUUUGUAUAUUCUUGAUCUUUCAGAUAAUUGGUCUUUAUUCUGAGAGUUUGAUACCAUAAGGUGUAGUCAUAAACAUCUUCAGGCUGUAUGAGCAUAUCAAAGUAUCAUAUAAUUUCUGGUGGUGAAAAACUAUGGAUUAAGAGAAUCGUGCAACUCUCUAACUUGGACACAAACCCACAGCUGCUUUUGUUAAUCUUUAUCAAUGUGUACUUGAAAUUAAAUUGAAACAAGUCUUAAAUAAUGGACCUAUAUGCAUAUCUGAUAAUUGAUUACAGAAUUGUUAAUUUCCAAUUCAUGUCCCUAUUCAGUUCAUUCAUAUGUAGUAGUGGUAUAAUGUCCACGAAUAACACAGGAACAACAUGUUGCUCCUUCUGCCUAAGUGAAUUAAUAGCUAGAUGUCAGUAUAGAGUUGGUUGAUCUUAAAUUUUUUUUGAGUGCCUAUUCUGCUUUUCUCUAGUUCAAUGUAUAUACCUAUGUGCAACUGAAAACAGCAAAUAAACAAUGUAGAUAGGAAAUGUGUCCUGAUACCUAAUGUAAAACAGGCACUGUUGCUUUUUUUUCCCCCCCAAGGUUUAAUGCAUGUUCACAAUAAACUUGUGGACCCACUGUACAGUAUGAAAGAAGAAAACUGAAGAAAGACUUGAGGAACUCCAUGUGGGUAAACAACAUUUUUAGGUAGCAGACACUUACUGCUAUGCAAUAUGCUGAAAACUGGCUAAAAUGGGAAAUCUUAAGUACUGUCUUUUUUAAAAAAAAAAUCCCGUAUCUCUACAUUUACAUUCCAUCUCUAGGCAUGUGUUUUAAUAUUUUGUAGCUGUGAUUUCAUUGGCUGCCACAGUAAGUAAACAGAGCAAAUGUAAAUGGCAGUUACAUACUAUAACAACAAACAGCAGUGUAUUCUUAACACAGCAAUGUACUGUUUGAAUGUGUGGGAGAAAAUUAUACUUUAGCUUAAGCAAAAUUCUACAGCUCCACCAGUACAAGAUACACUUCAUUUCUUCGUGUCUCACUAUAGGCAAAAUGCUUUUGGGCUUUACAUGUCAAACAUUAUGGACUUGUAACAGAUGCACAACUUUGCUUAUGAAGUGCUCUGUUUAUAUCUAAUACACAUUGAACUUUUGCACUUUGGUAGCCUUAAAUUAAUCUUAUACCAAUAGCUUCUGGGCAUUUGUCCUACUGUACAAUACUCAGGCAUAUAAAAGUAUGAAAACUGCCUAAAAAUGAGGACCCUUUCAAACAGUUACAAUAACUUAUGUGCAUAUUAUACUUCUGCCAUAGCACUUUUGUUACAUGUUUCAAGUUUAUUUAGGAAUUUUAUAUUUUGGUAAUUAUGAACUCUAUAGAUAAUAGAUUCAAUAUGUUCCUUUUUGGUGGUGAAUUGUCUAGUUACAUUAAUGAUGUUGUAAUCCAAUAAUUGUAAAGGGAGGUUAAUUUCAGUAAGAGUGCCUAAAAAUCCAGAUGGCUAGUAUUGAAACAAGUCUGACUGUAAACAGAACCACUUUGCAGUACAAUAGUUACUUUGCAGUUUAGAUUGCUAUAAAUGUUGAACUGUUACUAAGAAUGCCACUCUUUUCUACUGUUACUCCAAGUAAAGCUUAAAUUCAUAAAAAUCUUACCUUGUUUUGUUUUUGAUGUGAACUGUGGCCAAAACAAAGAUUUAGUGAAAGGAUAGUGUACCUUUCUUUAGGUAUGGGCAAAGCUUACAUAUUGUACCAGAGCAGCUCCUUUAUGCCAGCAGUAAAUUCCCUUUUAAAAUAUCCACUGAAAGAGAUGGGCUGGAUCUGAUAGUAUGUUCCUCUUCAUCUAUUGUAAUAUUUAAAUAGUCUUGGCUUUCAAAAUAGUAAUUUUCUACAGAUGAAAAACAUAUGUUCCAUAGCCAUAAACGUGGAUUUAUAGUUGAACAGACACUGACCAGUAAGCUGCUGUUUUUCUGCCUUUCUCCUAUAAAACACAUACAUACUUUAAUAGCAAAAUUUUAUUUAUCACACACAAAUCAAGUCUACCAGCCUCUUGUUAACUAUCACUAUAUAGAAACUAAAUGCAAAAAUAACCUUUCCUGCUAAAGUACUUCAUACUUUAAAUUGUCACUUUGCUGGAGUGGCUGAAGAAUCCUACUUUAACACCUCCAGAAAGAUUUAAGUGUGAUCCACCCUACACUGACCUGUAUGUGAGAGUGCUGAGGAUUUUACAUGCUUCAUAUUCUGUUUUUUUGCUAUUGCAGCAUUCAUCUACUACAAGGGUUCUCAAAAGUGGGGGUCAUGACCCCUUAGGGGGCUUGCAAGGUUAUGUGGGGGAUCAUGAGCUGUCAGCCUCCACCCCCAAACCCUGCUUCACCACCAUCAUCUAUAAUAGUGUUAAAUAUAAAGUGCCUUUAAUUUAUAAGGAGGGGGGGAGAGGGUCAUACUCAGAGGCUUCCUGGGUGAAGGGGGGUUGCCAAUACAAAAGUUUGAGAACCACUGAUUACUAAAACUGGCCAAACAGCUGCUAUUUUAUGCAUACAGUUUUUCUAAAAUAGCAGCUCAUGAAGACAAGUUGUGAAAAGGAUUAAUUUCAAUCCUCUAGCUGAGAAUACUAUCUCAGUAAUAGUAACACAAUUGUUUUAUAGCUGUAAUUAAACUUUGACACUACACCUCUUUUGGUAUUGUUUGGAUUAAAGCAGGUGGUCAUGUAUAACCUUCUCCUAAUCUGUUCACUUUAAAACACUGCAUGAAACAAGUUUUCUAAUUCAAAGGACACUUGUCCCUCAAUUUGUCUGGAAUGCAUCAAGUUUAGUUGGAGCCUAAUACAGAAUAGCUGGCUUCUCACCUGUAGUAAAACCUCUUUGCUCAAGUGAUGUGCUAUAGUACUUCCACAGAGCAGGAUGUCCCCUUCAACAGGCUUGUUUUAAGGAAUUCAUUCCUGUAAGCAUGACAGUUUUCUAAACUCUUUUUAGAAGUUGUACCCAACCUUCUGUUACUUAGGUGAGGCAUGUUAUACCAUUUGCUGAAUGUGGGUGAGCUCCCUCUACAGACUGAAUUAGAAACAUCUACCCUGACUUCCUAAGAAACAAACUAAAGACUAAUUAUGCAACAACUCCCUGCCCCACACGCAUUUUUGAAACAGACAUCAGAUACUUAAGCAUCUCAUACUUGUCUUUCACAUUCUUGCCAUAAAUUAGGUGCAUGUCUUCACUCUGACCUAGAUUAGGGGUAUGUCCUCUGUGCUGCCACUUACCUGUAUCCAUGAAAUAGGUGAUAGGAAAGGGAAUUACAUGGGAUCA